CCUGAAGAAUCGAUUCUCUGAAUGAAAAUGUUUGUAUUUUCCGGUUUAAAAGGAUGGAAAUCUUACUUUUCUGUGUUGUCCUCAUAUUUUGCACUUCAUUAGUAGGACCUUUAGAAGUGGAGAUAUUUCCUGCACCACUGGAAGUUUUAGCAAAUGAAGAUGCUCUUUUAAAAUGCAAAUAUAAAGAACCAGAAUCUGACCUCUCACAUGUAGCUGUUCGAUGGACUUUUACAUCACAAACAGCCAAGAAAGAUGUGUAUAUAUUCAAUGGAGGAAAGCAUCAACCAAUCCGAAAUGGAGCAAAGAUGUUUGACAAUGCUUUACAGAAAGGGAAUGCUUCACUCUACCUUCCAAAUGUGCAACGUUAUGAAGAAGGAACAUACACGUGCAUUGUUUUUGUUACUCCCCAUAAAGAAGAAAAGAGUUCAGUGAUGCAAGUGUCAGUCCAACCGAAGGUCAGCAUGUCUGUGCAAGAAAUUCGUACUGCAAAUGGUACAGAACACUUUUUGCAAUGUGAUGUUAAGGAAUUUUAUCCUAAGCCAAUCAAAGUUAGUUGGUUCAAAUUAUCAGAUGGAAAAAUGGAAUAUGUUUCAACAAGCCAGUCCACUGAGGAUAUAGUUACGAACAGUGAUGGAACAUUCAGUGUUUCCACUAAAAUAAAAACUGAACCAACGUGGGAUGAACAAACUGACUACAGAUGUGCAGUGGAACAUAAAACCAUUUUUGAUAAUUUUACACUGGACGCUGACAGUGUUGCAGAUAAAAUAUCAGCAGAGUACCAAAUUAUUGGAGGCAUCGUUGGCUCUAUUAUGUGUGCAAUAGGUUUAGGACUUUGUGUGGGACUUCUUAUCUGGUACAAAAAAUCGAAAGAAACAGAGGAAAUCCGCACAGACAAAGACAGCCAUGAGGACAGGACAAUGCAGGUCCCUGAUCGCAGAACCCAAGAUCAGUUGCAAGAUGAACAUAACCAGGAAGCUGAAGGUGGAAAUAAUCAAGAAGGACCACCUGAAGAAAGUGAAAAUUGUCCUCUAAUACCAGUACAGCAGAGGGUUGCUGCCAUUGAACAAAUGAGUAAAGGACAACCAAUACCGAAGAAAAAUGAAAACAAUAUCGGUCAAGCAGUUACUUCCCCCAGAAGAAAAACACAGGAAGUCCACACAGGCAAAGGCAGCCAUGAGGACAGGACAAUGCAGCUCACUGAUCGCAGCACACAAGAUCAGUUACAAGAUGAACAUAACCAGGAAGCUGAAGGUGGAAUUUAUCAAAAAGAAACCCAGGAAAUCCGCACAGGCAAAGACAGCCAUGAGGACAGGACAAUGCAGGUCCCUGAUCGCAGCACCCAAGAUCAGUUGCAAGAUGAACAUAACCAGGAAGCUGAAGGUGGAAUUAAUCAAGAAGGACCACCAUCACCUGAAGAAAGUGAAAAUUGUCCUCUAAUACCAAUACAGCAGAGGGUUGCUGCCAUUGAACAAAUGAGUAAAGGACAACCAAUACCAAAGCAAAAUGAAAACAAUAUCGGUCAAGCAGUUACUUCCCCCAGAAGAAUAGAAACACAGGUAAUCCGCACAGACAAAGACAGCCAUGAGGACAGGACAAUGCAGGUCCCUGAUCGCAGAACCCAAGAUCAGUCGCAAGAUGAACAUUUUGCAACUGAAGCUGAAGGUGGAAUUAAUCAAGAAGAAACACAGAAAAUCCACACAGGCAAAGACAGCCAUGAGGACGGGACAAUGGAGGUCACUGAUCACAUCAACCAAGACCAGUCACAAGGGGAAAAUAAACAGGAGGCUGAAGGUGGAAUUAAUCAAGAAGAAACACAGGAAAUUCACACAGGCAAAGACAGCCAUGAGGACAGGACAAUGCAGAUCACUGAUCACCUCACCCAAGAUCAGUUGCAAGAUGAACAUAACCAGGAAGCAGAAGGUGGAAUUAAGCAAGAAGGAUCACCAUCACCUGAAGAAAGUGAAAAUUAUCGAAAAUCAGUUCGUCACAGGGCUGCUGCCUUUGAACAAAAAAAAUCCGAAUCUUCGUCAGCUCGCAAAUGUACAUUUUCUGCAGUGAGUAAAGGACAACCAAUACCGAAGAAAAAUGAAAACAAUAUCGGUCAAGCAGUUACUUCCUCCAGAAGAAAAACAGAGGAAAUCCGCACAGACAAAGACAGCCAUGAGGACAGGACAAUGCAGGUCACUGAUCGCAGAACCCAAGAUCAGUUGCAAGAUGAACAUAACCAGGAAGCUGAAGGUGGAAUUAAUCAAGAAGAAAUACAGGAAAUCCGCACAGGCAAAGACAGCCAUGAGGACAGGACAAUGCAGGUCACUGAUCACCUCACCCAAGAUCAGUUGCAAGAUGAACAUAACCAGGAAGCUGAAGGUGGAAUUAAUCAAGAAGAAACACAGGAAAUCCACACAGGCAAAGACAGCCAUGAGGACAGGACAAUGCAGCUCACUGAUCACCUCACCCAAGAUCAGUUGCAAGAUGAACAUAACCAGGAAGCAGAAGGUGGAAUUAAGCAAGAAGGAUCACCAUCACCUGAAGAAAGUGAAAAUUAUCGAAAAUCAGUUCGUCACAGGGCUGCUGCCUUUGAACAAAAAAAAUCCGAAUCUUCGUCAGCUCGCAAAUGUACAUUUUUUGCAGUGAGUAAAGGACAACCAAUACCGAAGAAAAAUGAAAACAAUAUCGGUCAAGCAGUUACUUCCUCCAGAAGAAAAACAGAGGAAAUCCACACAGACAAAGACAGCCAUGAGGACAGGACAAUGCAGGUCACUGAUCGCAGAACCCAAGAUCAGUUGCAAGAUGAACAUAACCAGGAAGCUGAAGAUGGAAUUAAUCAAGAAGAAAUACAGGAAAUCCGCACAGGCAAAGACAGCCAUGAGGACAGGACAAUGCAGGUCACUGAUCACCUCACCCAAGAUCAGUUGCAAGAUGAACAUAACCAGGAAGCUGAAGGUGGAAUUAAUCAAGAAGAAACACAGGAAAUCCGCACAGACAAAGACAGCCAUGAGGACAGGACAAUGCAGGUCACUGAUUGCAGCACCCAAGAUCAGUUGCAAGAUGAACAUAACCAGGAAGCUGACGGUGGAAUUAAUCCAGAAGAGAGUUCAAGUCAUUCGUGACAUUUCAGCCACAUCAAGAUAUUCUUCUGCUGUAAAAGCAUGUUGAGCUCAUGGAUGUGAAGAGACCUCAAACUGCACCAGAUGAGUCAUGCUAUCCUUCUGCUGCUAUUGAAGAAGCUUCAGAUGGAUCUUCAUUGGCAGAAGUUACUGGCCAUAAUGAAAAAUUUACUUUGAUUAAUUUAUAUUACCCAUUUUGUGUUAACAAUCCUCUCUCUGGUCGAUUGUAUGAUGUAAGUCACCACAGCUACUCCGAGGAGCAUAAAUUGAUUGUCAGGAGCAACGAUAAAGGAAACAGUGCCAAUCAAUUACUUUUCUCUAAUGGCAGGGUGAUCAGGUCAGUCCCAUCUCUGGGCAGUGACAUUACAGUUACAGAGCAGAAUUUCACAGGAAUGAGAAAAGGGACAUAUCAUUCGCCCAACAACCCUCACCCCUCCACCAACAGAAUAAAUUUGAUCCUAAUCAGCCAUCACCUUUAGGUCAGUAGUACCCCACUCCUCCAUCACCAGCACAAACCUCACUGCACCUAGCCCUGUGAGGUAAGAUUUGUACCUCUGUCCUUCAGUGGGAGGAGAUCCUGUCUAUGCGAGCUACUGGCCAAUCUACAGAGGUUGUUGGAACAAUUCUGAGUUUCAAAGUGGAUUAUUUAAAGUUUAAAGUGUUCUGAAUAUUCUUUGUAUUGGACAGAACUAUAGACUGUAUGCAGCUCAGAAUUAGGCCAUUUCACCUAUCAUCUCUUCAGAUACUGAUUGCAUUCACCUUGACAAUCUUGGUUGACCCUGCUUCCACCCCAAGUCUCAGGCUAUGUAAUCCAGGUCCUAACACUUACUGCAGGAAAAUCUUUUCCAGUGUCACCAUUCUUUUGCCAAGGCUUGUUGUCAGAUUCAUGAUGCAGAGCAGAAAUUUCCCUCACAUGAAUGUAGGUUUUGGGAAAAGCAAUGCCAUUGGUCAGAAUCAUAGCCAGAGCAAUGUGGGUUCCAGUGAGACGUGUGGCAGAAUCGGACAAGAAAUCCAGUGAGACCCAGCUUAAUGGUGGGAACACUCCUUGUUGCCUUUUACACUUGUCACAAGAGAUGUGGUAAGUUUCUCACUGAGUGGUGCUGACAUGUCAAUUAAGAGGACAAUUGAUUGUUAAAUACCUUGUUGAUGACCCAACUUUUCUCAUUAAUAUUCAGACUAUUUUCUCAUUAAUAUUCAGAUUCCUGUCUUACCAAACUCAACAAACAAGCUAGACAUCAAGAAAACUUGACAUGGACACUAGAGUAGAUGCCAGGCAGCUCGCUACUUACUCCAAAUAACCUCCAUGUUACUUCCACCCGAACGGCGGCUCAGUUCUUUACACACCUGUCACCAAAGGCCUCAGCCAUGGACAUUGGCAUUUAGCAUGUGUCAAAUCCACAUGACCAUCUUUCAAUACAUUUGUAAGCUGCUUAGGAAGCUUACGACUGACUCUCAUUGCAGGGGCACACUGGCAUCAAGCAUUGAAAAGCUGCAAAGCUGGCUACCCACGGCCAGGCACCCAAAUUAUAGAUUGAAGCUGGCUGCAUCUCUGGGCUGUUCACUUGCUGUAUUAGCACUCAUUCAGUCUCACCCACAUACUCAUGCCGUCCAUUCCUAGCAUUGCCUUGUCAAUGCCUGUUAGUACAUUGACAUUUCAACAUGAGCCAAAGGCUAUCAGUAUUGCUGUAUCAAAGUCCCUUUAAUGCAAGCACACAGACAGAUUGCGUGUCAUGACCAGAUGGAGCCCAGCUUGUUUUCUAUUCUCUAGAUGUGAAAUGCUAUUAGAAAAUGGCUAGGUGGGCAGAGUAAUUUUCAGUUUGACAGAUGAAAGUGCUCACAUUCAGAUUUGCCCAAUUGUUUGCCUGGAUGUGAUGCUUCUCUACUGGACAGUGACAGGUUGUGGGUUUCCAGUGGGCAUUGAGAAUAGGGUACUUAGAAUGCAACAAUGGAGAGUGGUGUGGUGAUUAAACAGUGACUAGGGUGAAAGAAUGGGGUGGCAUUUGCAAGGGAGUAUCAGCCUUGCUGCUAUCUGCCAUGGGCAUUGUGCCUUUGUGGCUACUGUGCCAUGAUAAUACCAGUGAAGAACAACACUGGAUUGCCAAUAAUUGUUCAGGUGAAUGAUGGUGCAGGUGAAAGGGAUGGGUAAGGGUGUAAAUUCAUCGGUUGUCUUUGAGCAGAUAUCUACCGUGGCAAUUUGUUCUGGGAAAGGCAUGUGGUAAGAUAGCAAUACCAGAUGCUGCCAGACCUGUUGAGAUAUUAAGGUAGGUUUGGUAAGAUGCGGUGGGAAAUCUUCCUAAGUUUUGCAGCAAAAUCUUUCUGUGAUCAUGACGCAGCCUAAAACAUGUAAGACUCGUCCCAUUGUCGAUCUUCCCUGCCAUAAAAUCCAUUCCCUAGCCACUGAUCACAUCUCUUCCCCUGUCAACUGUCUGAGACUGACUCAGGUCUUUUACAACCUUAGUCUCAUAUUUAAUUUUGAGAUGAGCAUCCUACCUCAUAUCACAUCUUCAUGAAGACUUUCUAUUUCUAUCUCAAUAACGUCUUCUGACUAACCCGUAACUCAGUUGAUCUGCCACUGAAACUCUGAUCAAUGCCUUUAUUAUCUGCAGAUAUGUCUAUUAUUUGAAAGUCCUUGUCAACAUCCAAGACAUCUAACUCUGUUACCUGCACCAUAACAUGUUCCGAAUCCUUUUCACCCACCUCCACCAUACUCCCUAAAAUUGUUCAGUCAGAGUCAUAGCAAUGUACAGCACGGAAACAGACCCUUCGGUCCAACUCAUCUAUGCUGACCAGAUAUCCCAACCCAAUCUAGUCCCAGCUGCCAGCACCCGGCCCAUAUCCCUCUAAAUCCUUCCUAUUUAUAUAUCCAUCCAGAUGCCUUUAAAUGUUGCAAUUGUACUAGCUUCCACCACUUCCUCUGGUAGCCCAUUCCACACACGCACCAUCCUCUGUGUGAAAAGGUUGCCCCUUACAUCUCUUUUAUAUCUUUCCCUUCGCACCUUAAACCUAUGCCCUCUAGUUCCAGCCUUCCCCACCCCAGGGAAAAGACCUAGCCUAUUUACUCGAUCCAUGUUCUCAAAUUCUUAUUCUUCCUUUUUAAAUCCUUGCAUGGUCUUAAAACAUCUUACUGUUUGAAUCUCCUCCAACCACACAACUUCCUAUUAAAUCUUAACACCAUUAAUUCUUUGCUGUUGAGCAAAUCUUUCUACAUAAAACUGAAGUAGGAGAUGGUAUGGAGCAGGGUGACACCAGGCACAUGGACACACAAGAUGGCCACUGAGCCGUAAGUUGGCCACUUGACACAACAGAUGGCCACUGGACCACAAUAUGGAGAGAGAUAGCAGAGCAAACACAGACAUGCCUGGGGCCGCAAGAAUGCCAGCACAAUGCACUCACAACCCAGUUGAUUAGUUUAAGGCAGGUAGGGGAGAGAGAAUACACAUCAGUAGCAUACACUGCCCUAUGAAGUGUCUGUCUAGCCAAUACCUCUAAAAGAAAUGUUAACAGUUUGAUAUGGAUUCUAUAUAGAGCGAUAAUACACAGGGCUGCCAUAAUAGUCCUUCUCAGGAAGAACGAUUAGCGCCCAUUAUUAUAGCAAUAGACUUCCGCGCAGACAUUGAAACUGACAACGACUGCAUUGAAAUUAACAAAGGCUGUGCUGGAACUGACAAUGACUGCACCAGAACUAUUAACGGUUCUGCAAUGUUUACAAUAAACCAUGUUAUAGAGACAAUAACCUCAUCACUGACCUAUUAUAUCAUAAAAUGUAUAAAAGUAUCUUGAUAUGUGCUUCAGGGGGAAGAGAAGGAUCACAGCCGACUAUUGUGCUGUUAGUGUCUUUCUCUCCCUAGUACAAUAAACUCUGUCGUUGAGUUCAGCCACCAGCCUCAUUAAGUUCCUCCCAGUAUUUCCAGUCAGUGAAAAGAAUAAAAAUAAUAAUUAAAUUUCUCAAAAAAUUGAGAGGCAGUUUGAACCACUGAUAAAUAGGAACAACACCAAAUAUUAGUGUAAGCGUAUGACAUAAGGCAAGCCUAUCAAUUUCAAACAAUCUAUUGCAUUUUAGU